AAGAAGAAGAAGAAGCGGUAGAGUGGUAGUAGUCGUAGUCGUGAUAAAACGAAGAUCUGUGUUUAGCAAAUCUAGUGUAUACACAGGAUGGCUGAGGAGCAACAUCACAGUGGACUUGAAAGAAAAAUACCGAACUGAGGUUCAUGCUCGACAAAUAGAGUCUCCAGGCUGCAGGAGGGAGGAACUUUGUCUUUAUAAGCCUGAGCAGUGACGCAGAAGUGAUGGGUCCUAGGAGGAAGGCCUCUAAACUCCAGCCUGUAGGGAGCAGCGGUGGAGAGGAACUGGUCCUGAGACCCAGUGAGCCCAAAGACUACAUCAAUGAGCUGUCCCAUGAAGUCCUCUGUCAUAUUUUCAGGUACCUUCCCAUGAAGGACAUAAUGUGCAUGGAGUGUUUGUCCAGAAAGCUUCGAGAAGCUGUAACUCUGUACCUGCGAGUGGUCAAGGUUGUGGAUCUUUGUGCUGGUCGUUGGUGGGAGUAUAUGCCUUCAGGUUUUACAGACAGCAGCUUUCUUUUCCUUUUGAAGAAGAUGCCGGAUCUAGAGCAGCUAUAUGGCCUCCACCCUCGAUACCUGGAGAGGAGACGAGUCAGAGGCUACGAGGCUUUCAGUAUACCUGGAGUCCUGGAGGCAUUGCAAGCCUGUCCCAAUCUGCUGGGUGUGGAGACAUCCCAUUUGGAGCUGGUGGAAGCCAUAUGGAACUACAUGCCUCAGGUUCACAUACUGGGAAAGUUCCGCAACCGUAAUGGGGCUUUUCCCAUUCCAGCUGAGAACAAACUGACCAUCCCCAUAACUGCAAAGAUCCAAACUCUUCAUCUAGUGGGUGUGAAUGUCCCAGAGAUCCCCUGUGUGUCCAUGCUGCGCCACCUCUACCUGAAGUGGGUCCGUCUCACCAAACCACAGCCAUUUAAGGACUUUCUGUGUGUGAGCCUGAGAACCUUUGUCAUGCGGAACUGUGCAGGGCCAACCAACUCCCUCAAAUAUGUUCCCCUAGUUACUGGUCUCGCAUCAGCCCGGAACCUGGAGCAACUGGAGUUGGUAAGAGUUCCCUUCCUGGGAGGGCUGAUCCAACAUGUGGUGGAGGACAGCUGGAGGUCAGGAGGAUUUCGGAACCUCCACACCAUUGUGUUUGGAGCCUGUAAGAAUGCUCUGGAAGUGGACUUGGGCUACCUCAUCAUCACUGCUGCUCGCAGGCUUCAUGAGCUGCGAAUUCAGCCUUCACUCACAAAAGAUGGAGUCUUCUCAGCUCUCAAAAUGGCUGAACUAGAGUUUCCUCAGUUUGAGACACUUCAUCUGGGAUAUGUGGAUGAGUUCCUGCUCCAAUGUAAAAUGAGUCAUUCGGAGCUGGUGAAGUACGGUCUGGCUGAUGUCAUUGAGAACCCAGGCAUCAUCACUGAUAUUGGCAUAAAGGUGGUGAAUGAGGUGUUCACUAAUAUUAAAUACCUCCUCAUCUACAACUGUCCUCACCUACAUAACCCUCACCACUGGAUCACAGAUCAAUCCAGAUGGAGCCGUCUUGUUGAUCUCACUUUGGUUCGCUGUCAUGCUAUCAAACUGGAAUCCUUCUCCCAAUUCAUAGAGUUACUGCCCAGUCUGGAGUUCAUUUGUCUGGACCAGAUGUUUAGAGAACCACCCAAGGGCUGUGCCAGGGUGGGCCUGAGUGCAGGAACGGGUAUUGGUGUGUCCUCUGCACUGGUCAGCAACCAGAACUCCAAUAAUGACAAUGACAACAACCACCACCACCAUCAGCAUAAUAAUGAGGCCAACCUGCCUCCUGCUCCUCCACCUGUCAACAACAUCAACAACAACCAAAGGCGGCAGCAGCAACAGCACAAUGCACCAGUGGAGGUAAAUGGGAUGGAUGAUGAGGAGGAAGAGGAGGAGGAGGUGAUGUUGGAAGAGGAGAACAUGGAGGUUGAGCCUCAGAUAGAGCUGAAAGGAGCAGAAGAGGAUGUGAGAGUGGAAGAAGCUGAUGUAUCUCCAGGGCCCAGUCGUCCAAAUGGAAUAACACAACCUCCUGAUGAGGAGCAAGCAGGUCCCAGUGGUUUAGUCCAGCAGUGCAGACCAGCUGGUGUUGCUGUUCCUGAGCCCCCACUGGUCAUUUCAGACUCGGACAGUGAGGAAGAGGAAGGCCUUGUUUCAAGGCUAAUGCCAGCCUCCUGUUUACAGCAGCCAGUUUCCUGUACAGAAGGUAAAGGAAAAACUCCUCUGCGACGGAGCAACAAUGGGGCUGUGUUGGCUGUGGACUCUGCAGAUCAGACAAAGGCUCAGGUGUUAGAGAGCAGCUGUGAGAAGAGCUGUCAGGUGACCAGUGAACAGAUCAAGGCAGACAUGAAGGCCGCUGCGGAGAACAGCAAGAAGAGUAUCAGUAAAGGAAUUACUGCUCAGGCUGUAAGGCCUGGGGAUGACAGUGGGACGGUACAGGGCACUGAGAGUGCUGGGGCAGCAGCAAGGACUGGAGUGAUGCCAGUGACUGGAUCUGUAGGCAGGGUUGGACCUGGGAUAUCCAGAUCUAGGCAGACUGUGGGUGUAUGUGGGAGGGUGGUGGCAGGGACCACCCAUAGAGCAACCACAACUACUGACAGAGCUACAGGAACUGGCAGGACUAAUGAUGGUGCUGAGGGCCUCUCUGAAGUGCAGACUGGGGAUAGUUGCACAAGGGAGGCUGGGGUGAGGCAGAGCUCUGUGCCUGCAGUUGUGGACAAUCUGGACCCCACCGAUGCUGCUGUAAACCAUGCUCUCAGGAGACCAGCACUGCUGGCUGGACAAGGGGAGAGACAACCUGUCCCUGCUGGUGUUGCCUCUGCUGCUGGUUCAGGUUCACAGCAGGAUCAGGCCAGAAACAAGGACUUUGUUCCCAGACGACCUUUGACGCGAUCUUGUACCCGUAUGUCUUCUGUGUCCCUGGUACCUGAGACAGAUCUUUCAAGAACCAGACCACGAGUAGCAGUGAGGAGGAAAAGAAUGGCUGACAAAUCAACCAGCACCUCAGACCCAGUCACUGAGGACGACCACGUGCAGAUUUUGUCUCUGAAGAGUAAGAACCUGGUGGGAAUCACACUGACCAACUGUGGAAUCACUGACCUGGUCCUCAAAGACUGCCCCAAGAUGAUGUUCAUUCAUGCCACCAGAUGUCGAGUGUUGAAGCAGUUGCGAGUAGAGAGUGCCCCCAUAGUGAACAGGUUUGAUUAUGCUCAGUGUAAGAAGCUGGACAUGGAACAGGUUUUGGAUCAGAUAUUAAGAAUGCCUCCUGAGAGGAACCGCAUCAUCUACAUGCGCCCUAUGCACCGGAUUGACUCAGUAGCGUUGGAGCGUCAGCUCUUCCAGGGGCCCUAUCCCUAUCACAUUGCUAUAGUGCAUGAGUUCAGCAACCCUCCAAAUAUACGCAAUAAGGUUCGCAUUCGCAGCUGGAUGGACACUAUAGCCAAUAUCAGCCAAGAGUUAAUCAAGUACGAGUUCUUCCCAGAGGCCACCAGGACAGAAGAGGAUUUGAAGAAGUAUCCCAAAUACCCCUGGGGCCGGGAUAUCUAUACACUGGAGGGACUGGUGGAUGGUGCUCCCUACAGCAUGAUUACAGACUUCCCCUGGCUGAGAACUCUGAGAGCAGCUGAUCCCAACAGCUACGCCCGCUAUGACUUUGAGGAUGAUGAAAGUACCACCAUCUAUGCACCGCGGCGUAAAGGCCAGCUGUCAGCUGACAUCUGCAUGGAGACCAUCGGGGAGGAGAUUUCUGAACGCAGACAGAGCAAAAGAGGAGUAUUUCAGAGAGUGGUGGUCCUCUUCCUUCAUCACUGUGAUACACCAGGAGAACCUGUGGAUGAUGACUACAUCUAGACACCACAAAACACUCCUCUGUCCAUCACAUCAAAAGGAAUUCCAGCAGACAACAGUCCUGCUGCAGCAGUGCCUGAGCUCCUGAUUGUGAAAACAUGUCCUUAGAAAAGAGACAGAGAGAUAUGUGGUCUGGAUGCUGUGGAAUCUGCUCAGAGCUGUGUUCUUACACACUGACAUGCACAUGAUAAUUCAGAAACUUAAAUAGCUUCGCAAAGAAGGAAUAUCUACUGAGUGAACUGGGGGCUGCUGCCAAAGAUGAAUAGGACAAUAGAAGUCUCAGAAAACAUGAGGAAGGCACUUUUAAAAAACUUGGUGGGUCAUUGGGUUUAGACUUAAUGCUCAGUCAAUUUUUACCCCUUUCAGUUCCAUGGGAAAAUAAAUGAAAAAUGGUAAGUGUGUUUAGAACAUUUGGAUAAGGUUCAUGACACAUGAUUUGCUGAUUUUGUUUUAUUUGAACAGAAUCUGAAGGCAUGAGAAAAAAAUUAGAGAGUACAUACAUAUAAUUUCCACCAUAAAUGGUAAAUUCAGCAUAAUGUACAUUUUCAUUUGGGGAAUGAAAAUAUUGGCUUUCAACUUGAGGCAGUUAGGAAUAAGGCUAGGUCACUAAUGUAGUCCUGUUCCAAAUCUAGGCCUGGCUCUUUCUGCUUGCAAAGCCACGAGUAACAGCAUAGCCCCAGUUGUCUGCACAUCUAGUGUUUUCAGAUGCUUUUCUAAUUGAUCAUGCUAUAGCCCAGAGAGCCCAUGCAGAGGUAGGUCAGUGACCAAUCACAGACAGAAAUGGUCUUGGACAGAAAUGUCAAAGAAAGCAUGCCUUUUAAUUUACUUUCCCUUUGGAGUGUUUUUUUUAUUUUUUUUAUUACCAACAGAACUGCUACCAAAUUCUACAAUCAGUUUUGCUGCAGUUGAUCAGUUUUGAUUUUUCCCAGUGAUCAAACAGAAUGUUUGAUUCUAUAGUUCAGCCCUGAUCAGACAUGUCCAGACAUAUAGGAAUGAGCACAUCUGAAGCAACAUUUACUUUCUCUUCUUUGCGAGAAGUGUACAAGUGUGAGUUCAUGUGCUCAAACAGACAUAAUCAGAGUGCAUGCAUACAUAAACAGAAACCACUGUGCUAGUUAAAGUGCUAUUCAAAGCUGUGAUAGGAGAGUUGCAGGUGAGAUUUCAGUGAUGUCCAGUCACAGCCAUGAUGUUUCAUAAUAAAAGUACAGUAUAUGUGUGAUGUUGCUACUUUACAAUUAUCUUCCUGGUUUGUUGUGCAGAUGAUGCAGUGUGGAAAAAUUGGUUUCGACUUCUUAGAUUUUUGAGAAAAUAGUGUAAAUUCUGAGAAUGCAUGCAGAAUUCUGGCUUUGUCGAUAUUCAGACUCACACAUCUGACUUUGCUCUCAGAAUUCUAAAAAUAUUCUAUCUACAUUUUUCCACGGGGGUCUGAGUUCCCUGUGGGGGUCGUAAAAGAAGGGUGGGUAAUGUUGUCAUACGUGAAUUCAUGUAGUAUAUAUCAAUAGGAUACACCUCAGGAUAAUCUGAAAGAGAAAUUAAAGUGGAGAAAUACAACAAACAGGACAAACAUACACUCAAUACUUAAAUUAAAAUUCUCUAAUGCACUAACUAAGAGCUGCCAGCUCUGCCUGGUGCUUCUCUGCUUCUCCUAUCUAAAUCAGCAUGAUGGUCAUCGUGAAUAGAAAUCCGACUGCUGGAUUGAAAUUAUAUUUAUUAUUAUGACAGUCUUGUCUUCUUGGGUUACCCCUUAACCUCUCUUGUCUAAAAGGAGUUGUAACAUUAACUGAACCUUGAGUUGUUUACAGCCUUGAGAGAUUAGAUUUUUUUUCUUUCCUCUUUUUGAAAAUGUAUUUUCUUUGCCAAGAUUAGCAGUCCAAAAGUUUCUGGAUUAUGUUUUCCUCUAGUUUCUUGAAGGAAUCAGAGAACCGGUUGGUUUAUAAAGGAUUUCAUUGGUCAUGUAUAUGGACAGCUUUGUCCUGUAAGACUGCAGAGCAUGGACAGAAUUGACUGUUCUAGGUUUGUAAUGUGUGUUUUCCUCAAGUAUGGAAAAGGGUUUGGGUUGAGAAUGCUGAACAAUGCCAAUAAAAACAGUGAAUAUUGUAAAAUCUGUUUGCAGGUUGAAAAAUAACUGAAUAUGACAUGAGUCCAGCCUUCUGUUUGUGCAUUGAUAGCUGUACAGAUGUCAUGGAAGACGAUAAGCUUUCAUGGUGUUUAUAUGUUCAUAAGGAAAGAAGAGUAUUUCACAUACUGAAAAAUAAAAAAAAAUGGAUAUUAACUUUUGUUGUCUUUGUUCGUUACAACACCUCAUCUCUGAUUUUCUACCAUUGACCAUGGAAUUUAUUAUUUGGUUCUAAUAUUA